CGUCCACGGAAGUUCGGCCGCCCACUACAAAGAUGGAGGACGACAUCUCGGAUGUGAGCCGACCACAGAUGUAUUUGUUCGGUUGCACCCUGAAGUCCGACAAGCGAGAGUUCAAAGUUGACGUCGAGGACGAUGAUACGGAGCAGCAGCUGUCACUCAAAGCGGUCUGUCUGGGAGCUGAAGCAGAGGACAAGUUCCACAUGGUGGAAGUCGAGGGCCUCACCUAUGAUGGAAAAACUACCAAAGUGCCACUGGUCGCCCUGAAGCCGUCCGUCCUGCCGUCUAUGAGUUUAGGUGGAUUUGAGAUCACUCCUCCCGUUACCUUCCGCCUCCAGUCUGGCUCUGGACCAGUUCACAUCAGCGGGCAGCACUUUGUUAGUGUGAAGGAUUCAGAGGAUGAAGAAGAGGAGAACAACUCUUCGCCGGUGAAACGACCUGCGAGCCUGAUGUCGGGGAAGAAGCCUCUGUUGAAAAAACUUAAGAUGGAUUCUGAUGACGAUGAUGAAGAAGACAGUGACGAGGAUGACGAUGAUGAUGAUGAAGAUGAUGACAGUGACGACAAUGUGAAGCCUCAGAAAAAAGUGGGAAAAGAGCUUGAAAAGAGUCGAGAGUUUUCAGCAAAGAAGCCCAACAAGACUCCGGUGAAACAGAACGGCCCUGCAGGGAAACCAUCGGGAUCUGCGGUCAAGCCACAGAUUAAGACACCCGCCCCAGGAAAAGACAAACUCCACGCCGGCCCGUCGAAAGCUCCGUCUCUGUCUGAGGUUAAGAACAAGUUGUCAACAGCAGCCAAGGAGGGGAAACCUCUGCCGAAGACGGAGCAAAAAUUUGAGAAUUUUGUGAGAAGUUCUUUUAAAAUCUCAGACAAAAAGGUGGUCAAGGAUCUCUGGAGUUUUGUACAAACGCUGAAGAUCGAGAAGAAGUAACAAACCCUGACGCAUUUGUAUGUUUUGCAUCCUGCAAGACAUUUAAAGGCACAGUCAGCGAGAUUUCCUACUCAGCCUCAUUGUGUCGUCACUGUUAACUCUGAAUUGGAACCGAGGGACUGAACGCAGGAAGUGGGCGACGCUGUGAAUGAUUCAUCAUUGUGUAGAUGUGAAGCACUUCCUGGAGCUUAAUUGUGGUCCCUCACAAACUCACUCGUUCAUAACUUCACCACCUGCCAAUCUGCACCAUCUAUAGGAGAGGAGAAGCAGCAUCUAUUAAAAGCUGUACAUGUCCGUUUCUUCCAGAGCAGAAAUAGCUGCUACAACUUUAACACUUUAACCACCUGCAGGCAGUUAAUGUUCCUACAAUGACGUUUUAAAUUUAAGUAUUUAUAGCCCAUCGAUGACCACACCUUUGCAAACAUAGUCGUAUGCUUGGUUUGCAGCAGUAUUAGUAUUUUUUUUUAACCACCAGGUGUCGCCACCGAUUUAAAUCCUACCCGUCACUUUUUUUCCAGAAUUCUAAUAAUGACACAUAAUUCACAUAAUAAUUACCCCCCCUGCCCUCACCCCACUUCCUGCUCGCAAGCAUUCACCAUUUUCAUAGCAAAACAACGUAACGUCGGGUACGCAACAGGUCAAGCUAAUAAUGAGCGCCCUCUGCUGGAUCACAAGUCAACGUACUUCACGCGGUCUGAUGCGCUGUGUGUUAUUGAAUUCAAAACGGGUCAUUGCAGUUCUUUACUGCAGCUAUGAAAUGAAAAAAGUUUUUAAACUUCAAAUUGCAGAAACCGUUAAUUUCUUUGCCUGUAGGUGGCGACGCUGCAUAUCUACAUCUCAACUCUACCGGUCGGUGGUGCAUGUUGCAUUGAACUGCAGGUGCAGAAUUGUUGUUUCCGCCUCGAUGAACAAUACCGGCUGAGCCUGGUUUCAGGUGCUUCGCAUCUGAGACGCUGCGUCUCCUUGUCACGUCAAUAAUGCAAUAGGAGAAAUUGCAGAAUGUGCCUUUAAAUAUCUCUGCUGUACACUGAUAUGAAUCAGAGUCCCAGUUUGUGUGAAUUUGAGAAGUAUAUACAGGAACGGUUGAGACAACUGAUACCAGGAGACAAUUUCAUCAGCCAGUGGUUAUAUCGUCUUUAUUUGUUAUUUUAUAUUUACAAAGCGUUUUUUUUUUUUUGCUUUCAGGUUCCAUUAAUUCGUCUGCCAUUGCUGCUCAGAGCUUAUUGUAUAGAAAUCUGUCAGUGAAUAUUCAGCAGGUGUUUUUACAAAUUGCCAGUGGAAAGUAUACUGUAACACGCAGUAACUCUAUAUAUGUUGUUGGCCUACAACACCAAGAUACAUGUCUUUGUCCCCCGCCAUGAUAAAACGAAUAAUCUAAAAUAUCUAAAACAGUUCACUUUAAAAAUGAAAGCGUGAAACCGUGAGAUUGACGUGUCGACAGCGGUGGUUACGUUUUCUACUUUCACAUAUCUAAGUUUUAUCUUUUUAUAUUUGCUUUCAAUACAAACGUUCAUGAGUGCGAUCUUAACUUGUGGACAGACCUGCUGACGUGUAUGUCAGUGGUUUUUUAGUGAAUGUAAAUUAGUAUCAAGCUCAUUUACAUCCGUCACAACCUGUGAGGGUAAUAAUUACAGUGAUUACAGCCAAGAAUCAUCUGCAGCAAAAAAAAUACUCAUAAGCGCAGUACUCAAAAAAGAAAAAUGCUGAGGAAUAUUAUGGGCCCUAUAAAACCAACGCAGAUGUCCAGGUUUUUCUUUAAAGUAACAUUACCUACAGAAAGUUUGAAAAAAAGGCUGUUAACAAGCCGCAGGAGUUUAUUUAUGAGUUGGCACCGCUGUCAUUGUAUCCAAGCGUCGUCCAGUUCAUUAAAAACAGAUAGCGAGCGUAUGAUUAACAUUAUUUACGACGACGUGAUCAUAAGGUCUACAUCAGAAAAUGACAUCAGCCACAACAUAAGCUUUGCAGGAACCUCGUAAAGAACUCGUAAUUGUUUGUUCUCUCGUGUAUCAGCACUCUGAUGACAAUGAGCAGGCGCUGUGCUUAUAAUGUGUUUAUGAUCCUGUAUAACGCUUUUUACGAGCCGAACGUCGGCAGGUGGAUUCCAUCCACAACCAAUCACAGGACUUGGUUGAACCCCCUCGUUUGUUAAUUAGAUUUGAGAUUCCUUAGGUGUCAAUUUAAUUAGUCCCAAUAAAUUAGAUGAAUGAAAGUUUGAUAAUUUAGCUAAAUCUGAGAGUCAGAUUUGAAGUAUCUGUAGUGUGGUGUUUUUAGUGAGGGUUCAGUCAGUUGAGAGUGUGAGGAUUAGGUUUUCCGUCGUCCUGUCCUGAAUCCUGAAUGAUUUCUUCUUUUGUUUUUUAUAUACUUUGCUUGUAUCGAACUUUUUUUCUUGCUUUUAUUUACAAUUAUGGCAGCUGAACAAUUAUCCUCUCAAGUUUUUGCUUAAUCCGCCCUUGCUAAUAGCUGGUUUUGCAGCUUGGAUCUGUAUUUGAAAUGUUGUGUUCUGUAGAAGUGUUUUAUCGUUUCAUUUCAACGUUUCGUCUUUAGUUUGUCGUCCUUUGAUUCUGAACUGAAUAAUUGUGAAGCCAGUUCCUGAGUAUGUUCAUGUGAAAUAAUAAAAAGAAAAAGAUUCGAUCUUUGUUGAUAACCUG